AUGUCAGCUGUAGGGCUUGCCAGGGUGUUCACAUGGAGACUGGCCGAGACCAAUUUCUAUCUUGCCAUGUCGAUGCUCGCCAUUGUUUUGGUGCCGGCCACCAACUUGGCAUUCCGCAAGACGCCUCCGCAGAUCGACGGCACAGAGUCUGAGAGCAGCAUAUGGCCGCUGCUCUCCACCUCCCGCAUCAUGUCUGGCCCCUUCGGCGUCAUAGCAGGCGUCUUUGGAGCCAUGGUAGCGUACGAGCCCAUGGCGAGCUUCUUUGGGGCGGACAUCGGCUUGCUGACAGCGGCGGGCUUCGGCUACCUCCUAGGCCUUGCUUAUGGCCUAGCGACGGACAAGGUGCUGGAGAAGCCGGCAGGGAAGUGGAGUGUGGCUGCGGGAACGCUGGCAGCACUGGGUACCAGCCUUCUGGUCCACUGGGCAGUUGGGGUGAUUGUGGGAUCCGUUGUGGGCAGCGUCACUGGAGCGCUGAUCGAGAGACGGGUGAUGAAGGAGAUGGAUGCACAGUGCUUGGAGCCUCCGCGCUUUACGAAGAAUGUGAUGCAGUCCAGCCCGACAAUGGGGCCAGUUUCCAACGUGGUUGCCGCCAUGAGAGACAAAGAUCAGCAAGAAGUGCAAAUACACACCAACCUCCCAACGCUCUACAAGGCAUUCACGCCUCAGAACCAGCUAACGCGGGUCGAUUCCGGCUAUGGAAGUGGUUAUGACAACUUCGAGAAGGAGCAGACUCAACUGCCGUUUGCUUCGCAACCGGCCUUGACAGCCCCGGACUCCCCGGAAUUGGCCUUGCAAGACGGCACUGGGUCUCAGUCCCCUUCUAGGCUCGGCCUCCGUUCUCGUGACAGCGAAGAUAGAUAA